GUAACUAUUGCGCUGACUUUGUCAGUCCCUGUAUGAAACAACUUAAAUCUGCAAAGAAAAUAGAACUACGUACUGAAAAAUUUAUUUCAGGAUUGAUUAGAUGUUAGUUUUUAGCUGUCUUGGUCAAAGAGAUCUUUUAGUAAAAAGGACAUUCCUGUCAGCAGCCCAGUUCAAGUCAACCAUGAUGACAUUCACAUUUAGUGUACUGGUCAUCACAAUACUGAUUCAGGGCAUAUUUGGUCAGAAAGUCAGCCCAGAGCCAGUUAUUAAAUUGAAAAUAAAAGAAAAUUAUGAAUCUACUGUACCCAUUAUUCCAACGCCCGGUUCAUCAAGCUCCGGGGCUUUUCAGAUAAAUGGAAUCAUACCUUCACUUGCUGUGACAGCAGAAAGUGGUGGUGCACGAUCUGAGUGUGGUAUUGGUGCAUUGAUGCCUUGGAAUGAGAAUCUUUACAUGGUGUCUUACCUGUCUGUAACCAAUGCUGGCAGUGGGACAGGAUUGUACAAGAUUGAUCCCAACUUCCAGAUGACCAAACUAGCAAACCACACCUCAACAUACGCCAAUCGACUCCUGCACAAGCAAACAAGCAGGAUUGUAAUUGGUGCUUGGGUCAUUGAUGCUGAAGGGAACCUGUUUGAAUUUCCUGACCUUCUGCAUGUGAGAGUUGCUGCCACAGCUGAACAUCUCACCAACCCCGAAAGACUGGUGUACAUGCUGGGAAUGGAUGGUCCCUUGUGGGAGUGUGAUGUCCUAUCGCUUAACUGCACGGAGCUGUUUAAUCUGGUCACUGCCUUGAGGAUUCCAGCGAAUAAGGGAGAACAACCUCAUUUUAAAGCAGCUCACACAUCAAAUGGUCGCUUGCUUGUGACCAGCAAUACCUUUGAAGAAGCUGACUUCCUAGGAACACAGCGUGGAGGACGAUUGGCUGAAUGGAAAGGACCAGGAGAAAACUGGACUAUUCUUGCCGACACUGCAUUCGUCGAGGUGACUGGUCGCCACAAUUUAGGAUCAGUCAUCUAUGCAGUAGGCUGGGAUGCCCUUUCAGUAAUUAUGAAGGUUUUUGACCCUAAAAAUGGCUUUUGGCAGACCUAUCGUCUGCCUAAAGGAAGCCACGCUUUUGACCAUCUGUGGCAGACAGAGUGGCCUCGCAUUCGAGAAGUGGAGACUGAGAGAUAUCUGAUGGACAUGCACGGAUUGUUCUAUGAGCUCUCUCCCUUAGGCUGGGGAGGCAGUACCUGGGGGUUGCGUCCCAUCUCCCAGCACAUUCGUGUGAUCCCAGACUACGCCUCCUAUAGGGGCUUUCUUGUUUUGGCUGGAAACCAAGUUUCUUCCAUCUUUGGCAACAAUGUGGUGACUGGCCAGUCUCAGUCAGGCCUUUGGUUUGGUAAGACUGAUGACCUGUGGGGCUUUGGCAAGCCACAAGGCUGGGGUGGUGUCUGGCGCAGAACAAAUGUAAAGGCAAAUGUAACUUCUGAUCCAUAUCUGAUGACUGGCUUUGACCAGAAAGUCCUGCAUUUAUAUGCCAAUGGGCCUUUGACCGAGGCAAUAAAAAUUACUGUUCAGGUGGAUGUGACUGGCUCAGCAGGAGGUCCGACGCAUGAGCCAUGGCUGAAUUACACUCAGAUUAUUCUAUCAAAUUCUGUUAGCUACUACAAUUUGGUAUUUCCAAGUGGCUUUAGUGCUCACUGGAUUAGGCUUGUCUCUGAUGGAGAUGCCUAUUUGACAGCUUAUUUUCACUACACGUGAGAAUCCCAUGUGACAAUAAGACCACUGAAAAAACAAAUACCAGGAAAACAUUACAGUUAGGGUUCCAUGAGCCUUCCAUUUCAUUAGUAUCACUGCUUAAACUGUGUCAUAAUAUUUGAUCCAGCAAUGCUUCUUGUGAAACUCACUUUAGUUGUAAGCUGCGCCUUUAGUUCCUUGAUUACUGUCUGACACUUGCUGUGAAAUUUGAUGGCUGACUACUGGGCCUCUUGUAAACAUUUCUGAUGUGCAUCACUACCAGCUAGUAUAUAUCAUCUGUAAUAAUUAAGGGAACAUUUGGGGUAAAGAUCAGCAGAAAAUCAGAUUUUUUGGAUUUUUGCAUUUUCAUGCUAGAGGGGAAAAAAAUGCUUUUAAUUCAUGAUGUAGUUUUUUUUAACAGUUCAUCAUAGCAACACCUACAAAUGCAAGUACAGUUUUCAGAGAGCUUUAACAGCGUGAAAUGCUAUAACUCUUUUCACAAACCAAUUCUAUGAGUAUCAAAUGCAAUGGCACUGUUUUGACUUGCAAUAUCAUCUAGAAAAAAAUUCUUCUGUUUUACAUUGUGUGUCUUUUAAAUUUUCUUAAAACGUGCACACUGAUAUUGCAUUGGUAUUGAAAAACAAACCAAACAAUAUUAUAAUGCAUACUGCAUAAUACUCUCUAUAUACAAUUUAUAUCCUUAAAGCAACAAAGCACAAACCAACCGUCUUUCUGUAUUUUACCUUGCUGAUCAGUGUUAGUCCCUCCGUCCUCACUCCCUCUCACUUUUUGACACAACCUCAAAACACCUAUGACAGGGUAGCUGUAUAAUACAGAAAUAAAUAAUUUUGAAUUUAUUGUACUGUACAAUUAUACCAUUAAACUGUAUUUAUACAAUUCUU